GUCUGAAACCCAGACGCAUCCCACGUAGGUGGGGGGUAAAGCAUUACUAGCAGGCAGGGGGUAAUUAUUUAAAUCGCGUAUUAAUGCCUUGCUGUCACGGACAAUCUUUAGUAUUCUGUAACAGAUGCAAAACGGAUAUGUCGCACUGUUUGUUCUCAUGCCGCCCCCGCGGCUCUCAAGUUUGCGUUACUUGGUCCACAACAGUGUAACGCUCCAUCGUCGUUACUUUGUGCCCAAUAUCCUGCCGCCUCUGCUCUGCGCUGCUGGCCAGAUGGCGGCUCGCUGUAAUCUCCUUAACACCGCGCGCCGCAUGUUCAGAAUGAGGUAAGACAGGAAGAAAAAAGAGGAGCCUCGUCAAGUAAAAUUGUACUGGCAUUCAGUCUAGGCUAGAACAACGGAUAAAGUCAUGUUUGGAAAGGACUAUUUUUUCUACUGGAGCGGCGUCUGCUGUCGCUGACAGACAGAUUGUGAAAUCCUACCUAUCAUGUGAAGGCUUUGGUUGUGGUUCGUGUGUGAGGAUGUGUGUGUGUGUGGGGGUGCGAGGGACAGAGACAGUGUAACGGAGAGCUAAGCUUCGUAGCCUCACCCCGGGGGCACUGGCCUGUAAAAAGAAAUGUCCCUGUAACCCUGGAACCAUGAAACCAUGACAGCCAUCACUUAUUCAAGCACUGCUCGAAGACCUCCGAAAGAAAUCCAGGUUCUUGAACAUCCCUCUGCCUCUAGGAAUGUUCCAGAACCCGUGUCCAAGAGUCUAGAUCCUCGGAACAUGCAGGAGCAACUGCAGAAUCAGAUUCUGGAUUCUUGUGGGGUCAAAGGCCGGAAAUGGUGUGAAGAGAAAGAAGGCCGGAAAAAUGAAGGAGGAAAACUGCAGAGGAAGAGACAAACAUGGGGCAGAGGAGUCAGCAAAGAAAGGAUGAAGAGAGGAGGAAAAGAGCAGCGAGGCAACAGGAAAGUUGGAAAAGAUCGUAAAGGAAGCUGGGGAGAAUGGGUGGACGGGAAGGACAAAAGUGAGACAGACGUCUCUGGGAUUCUGUCAGUAGCUGAAAGAGAUGAUGAGACCAAGCAGAGUGAGAAAUGGAUGGAGAAACGCAAGAGCUGGUCUGCCUUUUUGUGGAAGUUCCCCUUGAAGAACGGCACUGCGGAAGAGAUGAAGAAAGAGAAAAACAUGAAAGGGAUGAGGCAUCGUCAUAUCUUCCUCUGGUUACCUCUCUUCUUCCUCAGCCUGUGUCCAAAACCUGCUUCAUCACUGGGACACUUCCCACGAAUGGAGAACAUCGCUGCCUUCAAACCUGUGUCCACCUCUCCGGCUCGUUCCACCUGUGGGCUUCCAGAGCGGAGCAGCUACUGCCAGUCAGCCUCCUCACAGACUGAGCUGCUGAUGUGCUAUCAGGCCUUCUGUAUCCAGGAGUGUCCUUAUAGAUCUUCUACACCUCCAUACGCCCCACUGCUACUACCAGCACACAGGGGUACUUGUGUAACUGAAGACACUAAUGACACUCGUCCUGGGAUUCAGACAGAGUAUGAGACUCGAACCACCUCCGGCUCAGACAGGGUUUCUAGCAGAUCCGGUAGUGUGAUGUUUCGGCCAGUCCAGCAGGGAUGUCUGGUCUCUCCCCCCUCACAGAAUCUGGGAGCUUUAGGAUCCCUCACCCUGGCAUUGUGGAUGAAACCAAGCUCUCCUGGGGAGAUGAUGCUGCUGGAGAAGAGCUCAGGGCAGAAGUUAGUUUUUUCUGUGACCGUGUCUGAGCAGGUGGUCACCCUGCGGUACGGUCAGUCCAGCAGUCAGACUCUUCUAAUGGUCAGCUUCAGAACAGAGGGACGACUUGCACCGGAGAGGUGGACGCACCUUGUUUUGCAGGUCCACGAUAGACGUGUUAGUCUGUUUCUGAAUGGCCUUGAGGAGGAUGGGACACCAUUUGACACAAAACCUCUGACCACCAGACUCUAUGACAUCAGCGAGGACGGUGCCAUGUGGGUGGGACUCAGCUCUAACGGGUCUAAUCAGUUCAUUGGGCGGAUGCAGGACUUUAGAUUUUAUCCUGCCACUCUGACCAACAGGGAAAUAGUAGAGGUGUACUCAGGUGUCCUGCCCCAGCUCCAUUCCCAGUCAGAGUGUCGAUGUCCUCCCAGUCAUCCCAGAGUGCACCCUUUAGUAGAGAGAUACUGUAUUCCCAAUGCUGUUGAGGACACCACCAAUGACAGAGUCUUAAGACUGAACCUUAAUGCCCAUCCACUCAGCUACAUCAAUGAUCAAGACAUGGGCACCACAUGGCUUUCUAAGAUCAUGACUACACAGGAACUGGAUGAAGGAAUCACUAUUACAGUGGAUUUUGCUAAUGGACAGUACCAGGUAUUCUACGUUAUAGUUCAGUUUGGUGGCCUCUUGCCUGAGUCAGUUCUGAUCCAAAGACGAAGGCUCGACCUUACUGACCAGCAGAGUGGCACCACCACAGAACAGCCCUGGUUGGACUGGCAGUAUAUUGCCAAAGACUGCAGUGUGUUUGAAAUGCAGAACAACGGGCCUUUACUGAGACCAGACUCAGUCAACUGUCUGCAACUACCCAGUGACGUGCCCUACUCAGGAGGUAACAUCACAAUCAGCCUGCUGACCCCAGGACCAAACCUGAGGCCAGGCUAUAAUGACUUCUACAACACUCCUGAACUUCAGAAGAUGGUACAUGCCACCCAGGUCAGGAUACAUCUUAGUGGACAGUACCAGACCAGAGCAGCUGGGGUGAACCAGCGACACAGAUACUAUGCCAUCAAUGAGAUCACCAUCAGUGGCAGAUGUGAGUGUCACGGCCAUGCAGACCACUGUGAUACCAGUGUGGCUCCCUACCGCUGUCUGUGUCUACCUGAGACCCACACAGAGGGAAACAAUUGCCAGCAUUGUAUGCCGCUCUACAAUGACAAACCAUUCAGGCAAGGUAACCAGCUCCAGCCAAUGAGCUGCCGACCUUGCCAGUGUCAUGGCCACGCCCACUCCUGUCAUUACGAUGUUCGAUCUGACGACCAACCAGACGAGCACUAUCGAGGAGGAGGAGGCGUCUGUGACAACUGCAUGCACAACACCACGGGUAAAAACUGUGAGCUGUGUAUAAGUGGGUUUUUCAGGCUGGAGGACUCUGAUCCCACUUCAGUUUAUGUGUGUCAGCCCUGUAACUGCCACACUGCUGGAACGGUCAACGGCAGCAUCGAGUGUGCCCAGGUAGCAGGUCAGUGUAAGUGUAAAGCUGCAGUAACCGGUCGUCUUUGUUCAGACUGUUUACCUGGGUGGUAUGGUCUUCAAGCCUCCAACCCAAAGGGCUGCAUCCGCUGCAACUGCAGUGACAUUGGCGUCAUCAGCAGCUCAACAGUAGGAGUUCCAAGCUGCCAUCAGGACACUGGACAGUGCCGGUGUAAACCCCAUGUCACAGGUGUUUCUUGUGACCGCUGUGAGUUUGGUUAUUGGAACCUGUCCCACCCAGACGGCUGCAUCCCAUGUGACUGCGACCCCUUGGGUUCCCUCAGCCCGUACUGUGAGCCUGAGGGGGGGCAGUGUGAGUGUAAGCCCGGGGUUGGGGGGCAGCGCUGUGACUCAUGUGGCAGUGGUUUGUAUGGUUUAAGACUGGAGGGAUCCUGUACUCCCUGCAACUGCUCACAAGAGGGGACAGUACCUGGGACAGACUGUGAUCCUCACACAGGACAGUGUGUGUGUAAGGAACAUGUGGAAGGCCAUCACUGUGACACUUGUCGUCAUGGUUACCACACCCUAGAGCAUCGAAACUCCCUGGGCUGUCUGCCAUGUGUGUGUGACAUCAGUGGCACUGUGCCAGGGGGUGUAUGUGAUAUGUGGACCGGACAGUGCCCAUGCAGAGAUGGGGUGGAGGGAGCGCAGUGUACCAACUGUGCCCACAACUACUAUAACAGGAGUUCAGACAUCCACAAGGGGUUGUCCCAGGGCUGCGUACCAUGUGUCUGUGACCCCAGAGGAACAGUGGCAGGGUCAGUCUGUGACAGCUCUACAGGGCAGUGCGUUUGUAUACCAACACGCUAUGGAAAGGACUGCAGUAGCUGUCGACCCGGCUUCUACCUUUCUACAGAUCAGAGUAUGUGUGUGGAGUGUGACUGCCAUCCCAUGGGAGCAUCACAGCGUGGUUGUGAGAGCCAGAGUGGACAGUGUGCGUGUGCCCAUCCCUCGGUGGGAGGGAGACGCUGUGACCAGUGUCGUGAGAUGUUCUUCGGAUUCAACCCCGGCCUGGGCAGAUGCCAGCCUUGUGAAUGUGACCCAGUCGGCAGUGUCAAUGGUUCAUGUAAUCCAGACUCAGGAGCGUGUGUGUGUAAGCUGCUAGUAACUGGAGACAAAUGUGAUGUAUGUCAAGAAGGAGCAAGUCAUUUGCACGCUGAGAACCACUAUGGCUGCAGUAAAGCGCCCUCUCAGCAACCUGCUCCAGUAGGUUUUGCUCUCAGUUAUUCCUCCAUUAAUCUCUCUUGGCAUCCGCCUGACUCUCCAAACUCCAACAAACUCAACUACACACUCAUCAGGGACGGACAGUCAGUGCACAGCAUCCAGAGUCACUAUCCUUUCAGCCAUGAAUCAUUUGAGGACACCGGUUUGUUUCCCUACACCAACUACUCUUACUGGCUUAUAACAGCUAAUGUAGCCGGUGUGACAAUAAGUGCAUCUGCCUCAUACCAGACCUUAGGAGCACCGCCCGAAGCAGACCAGCUCCAUUUAAACCUUGUGGGACGACCAGGUCCAACUAGUGCUAGCUUUAACUGGAGCUCACCACGAAAUGAUACAGGCCCAGUGGAAAGGUUUGUGUUAUCCUCCACAGAGUCAUCUAGCGGAGCAAAGCCUGUCAUCCACUACACAGGCCUCUCUACAGAGACUGUGGCAAGUGGUCUAAAGCCCUUCACUCAAUACACUGUCAUACUGGAGGCAUGUUCCUCUGGAGGUUGCACUUCUACCCUUCCCUUGUCUCUUCUGACAGCCUCUGCUCCUCCACAAAACCAACCCCCACCUAAGGUCACUGCUACUGGACCGCAUGCACUGCAUGUUUCAUGGGAGCCUCCCAGUCAGCCAAAUGGCGUUAUCACAAGGUAUGAGGUCUUUUUACGUGGACCAAUGGAAUCACUGAACUUUUCAAGUCCUGCUGCUGAAAAGAGAGUGUUCUCCAGCAUUGGUUGGCUGGAUCCAAGUGUUUCCCCCGAAGCACCACUAACCAAUAGGAGCAAGGCCUUGCCCCCUGAGAGCAGUACCACUGUAGCAGGGCUGCAGGCCUUUUCCACCUAUCAGAUGAGAGUGAUGAGCAUCAAUAUGGCAGGGAGUGUCACAUCAGGGUGGACAACUGCACGCACAAUGGAAGGAGUCCCAGAGUUUAUGGCUCCUCCAGAAGUGUCUGCACUGUCAUCCACCAGUCUCAAGGUUAGAUGGAGCUCCGCUGAGGGUGACGGGGUCAUUGCCAGAGGACCGGUCGCAGAAUAUCGGGUCAACUUGCUCACUGAGCAGACCAACAAUCCCUAUGCUCCUCCUGUUGUUAAUCAGGUCUUACAUAGAUCAGGACCAUCGUCGCAGCCUGUUUAUUUGGUUAAAGGACUGAAGCCUUAUCAUGUGUACAACUUCACUAUUACAAUCUGCACAAAGUCCGGCUGCAUUACCAGUCUACCAAGCUCAGGACGGACCCUACCAGCAGCUCCAACAGGAUUGUCAUCACCUCGAUUACAUCCAGUAAAUGAAACCACCAUUCAGAUAGACUGGGAUCCCCCAGCCCAACUCAAUGGACCUCACCCAUUAUACCAGGUGGAGAGGACAGAUGUCUCUCUUUCUGACCCACAAGGUCCUUUGGUCAGAGGAACCAGGUUCCCAGGCAACAGUUACUACCAGUUUCCCAGUGACACCCUUCCUGUCAACAGUGACUUCACAGGUGUUGAGUUGAGUUUCAAGACUCGAUCCCCGGAUGGCCUGCUACUCUGUGCCCUCUCUCCAGGAAAUCAGGAAGAGUUCCUGGCUGUUCAGAUAAAAAAUGGACGCCCUUACUUUUUGUUUGACCCACAGGGCUCAGCGGUGGCUGUGAGUGUACAGGGUGAUGGAGGGCGCCGCUACAAUGAUGGACAAUGGCACAGCAUCAUAGCAACAAGGCGAGGGGCCGUGGGAACAAUCGUUGUAAACAAUCAAUACAGAGGUAGUGCAUCAGCUUCCAGCGGCAGCACCAUUAUUGGUGAGAACACGGGGGUGUUCAUUGGAGGGCUACCUGAAGACUUCACUCUGCUAAGAGAGGAUUCAGGUGAUGCCCGGCUGAUGCGACAGGGUUUCUCUGGUUGCCUCAGAGACGUGAGUUUUAAGAUGACUGACAGCCCCUCAGAGGAAUGGAAAUCUCUGGACUGGGCAAAGGCCACUAAGAAGAUGGCAGUGUAUGAAAGAUGGGAGGGAUGCCCUACUCAAACUGUGGAUGGAGCCCAUUUUCUGGGUCAUGGUUACUUGGAGUUGAGCAAAGACGUGUUUAGUGGGGGAGAGGACUUUGACAUUUCUAUGGAUUUUAGAACAGACCAGCUCAAUGCACUUUUGCUCUUUACAUACAACACACAAACUGAGGACUACAUGCUGGUGGAGCUGGAUGCCGGUCUCCUGUCCUUCAUUUUUGCCUGUGAAGGUCAUGUGACUGAACUCAGCAUGUGGGUGGGGCUUAGCUACUGCGAUGGAGACUGGAAACAGCUCUUACUGGCAAAACGUGGCUAUGUUAUCUCUGCUGCAGUCAAUGAUUGGGCAGAAGAGACAAGGGGAGUGGGAGGAGCAGGGAGGCUGAGAGUUGACACACCAUUAUACGUGGGGGGUGUGCCCACUGAGCUCAUACAUCCAGCUCUGGACAGCCGAAGUCACAAACACGGUCUAGGAGGUUGCAUAAAGGGUCUCACCAUACGAAGUGAUGAAACAAACCCUCCUGUCAGUCAAACUGUUAAUCUCUCUGCUGCCUCCCGCCGUUCUCUUAGAGUCUACUUAGACGGCUGUCCCACCAGUGAAAGCCGCUACAACUGCAGAGGAAACGAUUCAGUAUUGGUCUUUACUGGGAGAAAGACACAAGCCACAGAUUAUAGUCUACAGCCUUUCACUGAGUACUUGUACAGGAUUGUGGCCUUGGCUGCAGGAGGUUGGGCAGCAGGCCCUUGGCAGAGAGGACGCAGCAGAGGUAAAGUACCUGUGUUUGUACCGCCUCCUAUCUCAGUUCAGAGUUUGGAUGGUUUCAGUGCCAAGGUGAGCUGGUCUCCACCCACAGGUGACAUCAGAGGGCUGAUUGACAGAUAUGAGUUGAGAGCCUACAAUAGAGACCAGGCAGAGGCACCAGCUAUCAAAGCCAUAUACCUGGCAAAUGGAAAUUUCACAGGUGUGUUGUCAGGUCUCACUCCCUCCACUCGAUACAUUGUCACUGUAAGCGCCUGUAUUCCUCUUGGCUGCGCAGAGAGUCUUCGUAACGACAAUGGUGAUGAUAAUGAUUUGAGAUCGAGCCUCAGAACCCCGGAGGAAGCUCCAGAUGCAGUGUCUCCUCCAGCUGCAGUCUCAUCCCCCUCAGCUCUCUAUGUUACUUGGGAACCUCCAGCAAGGCCCAAUGGAGGCAUUACAGAGUACCUCCUCUAUCACAACGACCAAACGGUCUACAGGGGGAAUGACAGACAACACAACAUCACUGGUCUAGGUGUGUAUUCCACCCACGUGUUGGUACUGAGUGCAUGUACUUCUGUGGGCUGCACCAACAGUUCACAAGUUACAAUGUUGACCUCUCAGCUUCCUCCUGGGCCUCUACAAGCACCAACUCUUACCCUGCUAGACUCGCGGACUCUUCUGGUUGAGUGGUCCCGGCCCUCUCAGGUCAAUGGUGUUUUGGAGUUCUAUUCCAUCUUCCUUUCACAUGGCGGGUUAGAGCCUGUGUUAGCCUACAACAGCUCAGGAAUUUUUGAAGACCACACACUCCGCAACCUAACCCCUGGAACAGCCUACACUGUCACACUGGCUGCCUGCACAGGAGGUGGAUGUACCUUUAGCCCCCCCAGCCAGACGCAGACUGAGGAGAGCACCCCAGAGAAUGUUCCUGCACCGCUGGUCACUCCUCUGUCCCCCCAUGCACUCAACGUCAGCUGGACACGUCCUGAUACUCCAAAUGGCAUUAUAACCAGUUACGGUCUCUGGCUGGAUGGAGUUCUUAUUUUAAACUCCAGUUCCUCCCAGAGGUUCUUCUUGGUGAAAGGACUCUCUCCAUGGAGCCGACAUGUACUCAGGCUUCAGGCCUGUACUGCACGUGGCUGUGGCAAGGGACCAAUGGUGGACAUGCGUACAUUAGAAAUGGCCCCAGAAGGCCCUAUAUUCCUGGAGCUGACCAAUCACAGCUCUCGAUCAGUCCGUGCCCGCUGGACAGCCCCACCCAGACCAAAUGGGAACCUCAGCUACACACUGUACUAUAAAAGCAAAGAUGGUGAUGGUGUGUUGGAUGGAAGUACAGCUGCGGGCAGCUGGUUGUCUGUGACUGACCUGCAGCCUUACAACAACUACAGCUUCUGGAUCAGAGGUUGUAACACACAGGGAUGUGUGGAGAGCCUGCAACUCAAUGUUACUACGCCCCCAGCAGCCCCAGAUGGAUUGUCACCUCCGAGGCUGGCCCAUGCAACUAGUGUCAGUCUGAAUGUAUCUUGGUCUGCCCCUGCUCAUUCCAACGCACCAGGCCCUCUUCGCUACACCCUGCAAAUGAGAACAUUGCCACAGAGGCCUGUGAAACGGCUCUUGGAAAACGCAACAGAUACCUUUUCCUAUUAUUUGGAGGGCCUGUCACCAUACACACAGUACCUGUUCAGAGUGGUGGUUUCACACACACAUGGGCAAACAGCUGGCCCCUGGGCAACCUUGCGCACCGCUGAGGACAGUCCAGGAGCAUUAGACACUCCAGCUGUUUCAGGGCUCCAUCCUCGUAGUGUGACAGUUACCUGGGUUCCUCCCUCCCAACCAAAUGGCAUCAUCACCAAUUAUACCCUCUAUCUUCACCCAAGCUCUAUCUCUGCUUUAGAUUCCAAACACAGCUCAGUCUUCAGCCCCAGCAUGAGCCUCAACUCAAGCUUAGGUCCUAACCCAAGCCCAGCACCCAGCACUGAGGGUAGAUACCUCUACUCGAGGCAUAACCUCAGACCAACAUCCAAUGUUACCACCCUCAGCUCAAGCCACAUCUCCAUAUCUACUGUCAGAGCACACACUAAUAACCCUUUCUCAAGCUCCAGACCUGGUAUCUCAGAAGACAACCAGAUCGAGUCCAGUCGUGUAAACAAUACAAGCCGAGGCCCUGGUUUCAGCUCAUUCCACCACACUGAACCGAAUACCAUCUCCAAUGUAAACCCAAGCCCCAGCCUCUUACUGUCAAACCCAGAAUACAAUUCAACCAGCUUGAAUACUGAUCAUUUUAUAAAACAAGACCCAAUCCACAGACUCAUCUCCCAUUCCUUUAGUGCUGCUUCAGAUUCAAGUUCAUCCCCUCUAUCAGCCACAGUUCCAGGGAACACAACUAGCUACACUUUCCUCGACCUACUUCCAUACCAGACCUACAACCUCCAGCUGGCAGCCUGUACCAGUGCGGGUUGUUCAGUGUCUGGGACAUCUCAGCACUUUCAAACCCUCCCAGCUCCCCCUGAAGGGCUCCCUGCACCUCACGUAUACUCUGACACACCCACUUCUGUUCUCUUGUCCUGGGGUGCACCAGAGUGGAGCAAUGGACCACUGGAGCGGUGGGUGAUUGAGCGCAGAGUUGCAGGGACCAAACAAGUCUCCACAGUAGGCUAUCUUCCACCUGACCCUCCCCCUCUUUCCUUCCUGGACUCUUCAUCAGCUCUCAGUCCCUGGACUAGCUACCAGUAUCGACUUGUGCUCCAUAACCAGGCUGGCAGCACAACAGGACCCUGGGUCAAUAUUACCACCAGACCUUCUCGGCCAGCUGGUCUCAGUCCACCAAGGGUGAAUGUCUUGGAGCCAGAGACACUCCAGGUCAUAUGGUCUCCUCCUCUUAUUCCUAAUGGGGAAAUCCAUGGCUAUGAGAUCCGGCUCCCAGAACCCCGCAUCUUCCAUGACAGUGGCACUGCAUCUGAGCUCAACGUCACAAUAACAAACCUGAUUCCAUAUACGAACUACAGUAUCACUGUGUUGGCGUGUUCCAAGGGAGGUGGACAGGUUGGAGGAUGCACAGAAAGCCUGCCCACUCUAGCUACCACAUUACCUGCAAGCCCCCAAGGCCUUGCACCACUGUCAGUAGUGGCAGUUAGUGAGUCCUUCCUGGCCAUCUCUUGGCAACCACCAAGCAGGCCAAAUGGACCUAACAUCAGAUACGAGUUGCUCAGAUGUAAAACCUACCAGCCCCUGGCCAUCACCACGGUCCCCACAGUAACAGCCACAUCCCCUCCCCCUUCUGAAGAUCUCCAUCGCUGGCUCCAUGUUUACUCCGGCACCAAAUUGUUCUACCAAGAUAAAGGCCUAAGCAGAUUCACCCGUUACCAGUACCAGUUAGUGGUCCAUAAUGACAUGGGCUACUCUUCAGGAGAGAUAGUUACUGCAAUGACCAUGGCCGGGAUUCCUUUCCAUCCUCCAUCUCUGUCGGCCCAUGCUAUCAAUCACACUGCUGUAAAGGUCAACUGGACACAACCCUCUUUGCACAACCUGCAAGGAGAGGUGGAGUCUUACUUUCUCACAAUAGACUCUGCCCUCUCAAGUCAAAAUAUGGUUUUUCACCCUGAGAUCAUCUCCACCGUGAUAACUGACCUUUGGCCCAGCACCACCUAUUUGGUGUCAUUACAGGUGUCUAACGGGGCACAUAAUACAACUAAGGCAAUAGUUAACGUCACGACAAAGGAUGGAGAGCCAGAUGGGAUGUCUGCCCCGGAGGUCGUUCCAGUUAACAGCAGCACCGCACGUGUGCUCUGGUUCCCUCCUCAAUGGCCCAAUGGAGCAAUUACUGGUUACCACAUCUACGUUAACGACCAUCUUCAUGGCAGUGUAGACAACAGCUCAGGGUCCUACCUGCUGGGGGACCUACUGCCUUUUACUGUCUACAACAUACAGGUGGAGGUGUGUACUGUGUAUGCAUGUGUGAGGAGUAAUGUUACUCAGACAACUACUGUGGAGGACCUGCCUGCUGACUUGGUCACACCUCACGCACAAGUGGUCAGUGCCAGGAUUGUGAGGCUGGACUGGUCCCAUCCAGGCAGACCCAGUGGGAUCAUGCUGGGCUAUGAGGUCUUAAGACGGACCUUGAGGUCAUGUGUUAGUGGAUCAGCAGGGGUCACGUCCUCUGUGGGGGAAGAAUCAGGAGGUGCAGGUGGUGUAAGGUUCACAUGUACCUACCUGCAGUGUUCUGCCACUCAUAGUGUGUGUGGGACAUCCUGCUUCCAUCCUGACGUACAGGUUUGCUGCAAUGGACUAUUGUACACAAAGGAGCCACAUCAUCAUUGCUGUGAGGGCAGUUACCUGAGUUUCAUUAAUUCCUCCAACCCAGUCUGCUGCAAUGGCAAACUGCUCCCACCUCUCCCUGACCACCAGUGCUGUGGAGGAUACUAUGUUCAUGUAAAAGCCAAUGAAUACUGCUGUCCUGACCACUCGCAGGGCCGGGUCUCAGUGGGGCUGGGUGACAGCUGCUGUGGGGGAGUUCCUUACUCCACGAAAGGCGGCCAGCUCUGCUGUAGUGGGAGCCUCCAUGAUGGCUAUGGGGUCCAAUGCUGUGGAGGCCGAGUUGUAGAUGAUACACUGGUGUGCUGCGGUGAUGCUGAGAGGGAGGAAGUGCAUACAUACAUUCCAGGUUUUGUCUGCUGCGGUCCUGACUACAUAAACUCUUCAACCUCUCUUUGCUGUGUGGGCAGUGACGGAUUUCCUACAAUGCACCCUGCUGGCAAUGCCACAGUCACACUGCAGUGCUGUGGGUCAAAGGUUAUACGUCAGGAAGAAGAAUGCUGCAAUGGGAUUGGCUAUGACCCUCAACGACACGUGUGUGCUAACCGACCUACACCCGGCCUGUUAAUACAGCACCAGUGUAUGCAGGCCACUGUGUGUCCUGUAGCUGCAGCCUCUACAGCGUACUGUGGCUCCUGUGACCUCGAUCCAUCUAUGACUGCCUGCACAUGGGUCCUGUCUGCAGACACACAUCCUGACACACCCUCAACAUACUCACCUUCCAUCAACACCACACAGGAAACUCUCACUACAGGCCUGUAUAUACAUACAAACAGGAGUGAUAACACAUACAAAAUAGCAAAUACACACAGUCAUACACACAUUGGCAGCCUGGGAUACAAGGGAAACCUGUGCUCAUCUCAUGAGGAGGUAGUGUACAGCGGAGAUGCCAACAGAUACACGUAUACAGACUCUGACCUGGAGCCCUUCACCACCUAUGAGUACAGAGUGAGGGGCUGGAACAGCUUUGGACGAGGCUCCAGUGAUGUUAGAACAGUGACCACCAGUGAAGAUAAACCAUGGGGUGUGGCACCGCCCCGCUGGAGUCGGCUAAGUGAACGAGAUGACAUCAUCCAAUUGCGCUGGCAAGCACCUGCCAGGCCUAAUGGGGACAUAACCCACUAUGUUAUACUGCGUGAUGGACAAGAGCGUUACCGCGGUGAUGAGAACAGUUUCACAGAUGUGGGUGGGAUCAGGCCUUUCCAGGAAUACAGUUACCAGCUGCAGGUCUGUAACCGGGCUGGUUGCACUGAUAGCACACAGGUGGUGGCAGUGACAGUCCAGGGAGUCCCAGAGGGGGUGCAGGCUCCAGUGGUAAAAGCCUUGAGCCCCUCCUCUCUUCAUGUGAGCUGGUCCGAACCUAAACGUCCCAAUGGAAGAGUGCAGUGGUACCACCUGAACCAGACCGGUCUUGGAACCAUAUUUACACACAUUGAGGGACCCAGAAAUUAUACUGUGACUGGUUUGCAGCCAUACACAGACUACAGUUUCUUGCUGGUGGCCUGUACAGCUGUUGGAUGUGGAGCCAGCUCAACUUCCACAGGACGCACCCUGCAAGCCUUCCCUGCUGGUGUAUGGUCAAGGCCGAGACACCUGAUAAUAAACACAUCUGCGGUGGAGCUGUAUUGGGAUCAACCAUCCCAGCCUAAUGGACACAUCUCCCAAUACAGACUGAACAGGGAUGGGCACACUAUUUUUACCGGAGACCAUCGUGACCAGAAUUAUACCGACACUGGACUCCUGCCAAACCACAGGUACGUGUAUGAGCUGAAGGCCAGUACAGGGGGUGGGACUGGUUUGAGUGACAAAUAUGUUAUAAAAACACCAGUCUCGUGCCCCACUGGGAUCCCAGCUCCCCACAAUGUGACAGUCUCAGGCCCCCACUCCAUCUCUCUUGCCUGGACCCCUCCUGCUCAGUUUGACAGCAGCCAGCCUGUAAACUACAACAUCCUGUUAAAUCCAGGAAGUGACAGUGCCAUAAUGCAUCAUGCAGGGCAACACCUGCACCUCUCUGUUACAGGUCUAGAGUCUUUCACCACCUACUACAUCAGAGUGCAGGCCUGUCAGAUUGAGGGGUGUGGAGUAGGAGCGGGUGUGUAUGUUCGGACUUUAGAGACCGCCCCAGAGGGUCUGCUGCCACCCACAGUAAAAGCAGCUGGUGCCAGUGUCCUGGAGAUCCACUGGUCACCCCCCCAAAAACCUAAUGGUCUGAUCACCUCCUACCAUAUUUUCAGGCGUCCAGUAGGAACAGAGGAGGAGCUCUUGGUUUUCAUCUGGUCCAGUGGGCCGCUUGAAUUUUUUGAUGCAAGCCCCGCCUUGCAAUCCUUCAGCUUCUUCCAGUACAGGGUUCGUGCCUACAACUCCAAAGGCUCAGUUCUGAGCCAAUGGGCUUCAGCCCAGACCCUGCAGGCAGAACCACAAGAUAUGUCUCCUCCCACUGUCACACCCACCGGUGGAUACUCAGUCCAUCUGAAAUGGAGUGGACCUAGACAGCCCAACGGACUCAUUUCCCAUUAUAGACUGGUUUACAAGAAGCACCAACAGGACCCAACGCUCAACUCAACUGCUGUUACUGCUCUCACUGUGGAGGGUUCAGUCCUAGAAGCAACAGUCUACGGUCUUGAGCCUUACAGUGAGUAUAGUCUACGAGUGGAAGCUGUAAAUGAAGCAGGCAGUGUGUCCAGUCCAUGGGCAGGCACUAGGACCCUGGAGGCUUCUCCUGCUGGACUGACUAACUUUACAGUGGAGCAGAGAGAGCAGGGGAGGUCGUUACUACUAAGCUGGGAUCAGCCAAGUGUUCCAAAUGGAGUCAUCACGAUGUAUAACUUGUACAGUGAGGGGAACCUGGAGUUCAGCGGGCUAUCACGCAACUUCCUGUUUCGUCGUUUGGAGCCAUGGACCACUUAUACUUUGAUUCUUGAAGCUUGUACCUCAGCAGGCUGCACACGCACCCCUCCUCAACAUGUCACCACUGCUGCAGCUCCACCUGCUUCACAGCCCCCUCCCAAGCCGACCCUCAUUGGUCCAGACCAUGUGUCACUUACCUGGGGACCUCCUACCCAGCCAAACGGGCCAAUCAGAGAGUAUUUCUUACUUGGGAGAAGUCUUGAGGAGGUGGGGAGGGGAAAAAGUAAUGAAGAGGAUGCUGAAAGAGAAAAAGUGCUGUUCCAAGAAACAUCCCCACAACAAACUGACACCUUCUCCUACACAGUGACUGGUCUGCGUCCCUGGACUCAGUACGAGUUCAGUAUCCGUACUCACAACCUUGCUGGCCACACCCGCAGCCCCUGGGUGACCGUAACAACAAGACAGGCCCCCCCUCGUGGCCUAGUGUCUCCAACUCUGAGUCACCUCAAAGGCAGACCUAGUGAUGUGUUGGUGUCCUGGACUCCUCCUCUGGAGCCCAACGGGGUACUUCAGUCCUACAGGAUUCAGAGAAACAAUAUCAGUUUCUCAUUUAGUUUUGACCCUACUGUCCUCAACUACACUGAUGAAGAUCUCCUGCCUUUUUCAACAUAUAGCUAUGCAAUCAUAGCAUGUACGUCUGAGGGAUGUAUCACCAGCCCUUAUACAAACAUUACAACCUUAGAGGCUCCCCCUGCAACAGUGGAAGCUCCCACAGUGGACACCAUCACAUCCAAUAGUAUAAACAUUUCUUGGAGGAAGCCACUGACACAGAACGGGGAGGUGACAGAAUAUGUGCUGAAACUGAACAGCCAAGAGGCUUAUCGCGGAAGAAACCUCAAUACAGAGCUGUCAGACCUGCAGCCUCACACAUCAUAUCAGCUGGUCCUGCUGGCUUGUACUAAUGGUGGGUGCACUACCAGUGCAACAAUGUCCACUGUAACUGAGGAGGCUCCUCCGACUGACCUAUCUGCCCCGACUCUGAAGGUCACCGGCCCAGAGUCAGUGGAGGUUAGCUGGGGACCACCAGAGCAUCCUAAUGGCAUCAUCACAGGGUAUGAACUCCGCAGAGAUGGUGAAGUUAUCUAUGUCGGCACUGAGACUCAUUACCACGACUUUACACUUUUGCCAAGUGUGGAAUACAGUUACUUUGUCAGCGCCAACAACAGCAGAGGGACAGUGAGCAGCACAGCAGCCACAGCAAAGACUCAACCAUCAGCUCCUUCUGGUGUCGGUCUCCCCACUUUAUCACCUCUGGGACCCAGCCAGGUGAAAGUGGAGUGGAGCGCUCCUGCCCGUCCUAAUGGAGACAUUGUUAGUUACACUGUGUAUCAGCGAGAUCCAGUCCAGCUCAGAUUGACCACCUCUGUGUACACUCCAGAGGACAUUGCCUUCUCUGAGCGACACACCACCCUGCAGGGCCUGGCUCCUUACCGCAGGUAUGAGGUGAGGGUGGAGGCUUGCACAGCGCUGGGCUGCUCCUCCAGUGACUGGUCAUCUAUACUCACUCUGGAGGCUCCCCCUGCUGGACAGACAGCGCCACUGUUAGACCUUCAGCCUGACACCCACACCAGCCUACAGACCACCUUCCUACUCACCUGGUCCCCUCCAGCUCAGCCAAAUGGUAGAAUCCUGCAUUAUGAGGUGUACCGCAGACUGGACCACACCACUGAUACUCACAGAAGUGAUGCAGCAACACCUGUCUGCAGGAAUGUCUCCACUACUUGCAAAGAUGAAGGACUCCUUCCAUAUACUGUAUAUCAGUACCAGCUGUGGGCAGUGAACUCAGCUGGUCGUUCUGCCAGUCCGUGGACCAGUGGGAGAACAGGACCCGCCCCUCCUGAGGGUGUCGGCCCGCCUAAUUUCCUGCGUGUUUCAGCAACCUCAGCAGUAAUGGAAAUCCAUCCUCCAGCCCGACCCAAUGGGAUUGUUAGCCUUUACCGGGUGUUCUCACUAGACCACAACAACCACACUCUGCUCUCAGAGGGUACAUCCCAUCAGCAGACACUCCAUGGUUUACGUCCUUACACCCAGUACUGGGUAGGAGUAGAGGCCUGCACCUGUUAUCAGUGCUGCAGCCAGGGACCACUGAGUGAGCUGCACACCCUGGCUGCCCCCCCAGCACAUCAGCCCCCUCCUCAUCCCAUCACCCUGACCUCCCGCUCUGUUCAGCUGGAAUGGGAUGAGCCUCUGGCACCUAAUGGAGUCAUUGAGAGCUGUGAGCUACAUCUCAGAUCACCUUGCCCACAGCCCCCCCAGCCUGUGACCCUCCCUUGUGUUGAAAGACCAGUAGAAAUCUGUUUCUUUGGCAAGAGGCGGAGCUACAAUGUGACAGGUCUCCAACCAUACUCCACCUAUGAGCUGAGAGCUGCCUGCUUUAACAACAUGGGCAGCACUGCCUCCAACUGGACUACUGUUACCACACUCUCUGAAGCUCCCCAAUAUGUCUCUCCUUUCUCAGUGGACAGUAACUUGACAGUCAUUUGGCUGGACUGGGCCGGGUCCUUCUCCCUCAAUGGCUACCUGAAGGAGUAUAGUGUGACUGAGAGCCAGCUCAGAGUCUAUACUGGCUUCUACAGCUAUCUCCAUAUUCCACGCACCUCGCAGAAAACUCUGUCAUUUCAAGUGACUUGUACCACAGACAGUGGCAGUGCCAGUACUCCCACCAUCAGAUACAGCCCUGCCACAGGCCUAGAUCUUCUUGAGCCAGAAGACAGUGGUAAACAGGGCGUCAGCAUGUCAGCAACCCCUGUUUACUCUGAGCUGUGGUUCAUUUUGCUGUUAGCCCUGCUGGGUCUGUUUCUGUUAGCCAUACUGCUGGGUCUGGUGCUACAAAGAGCUCUGAGGAAGAAUCCGUCAGCCAGAGAGCGCCCUCCGCUGGUCAUGCUUCAGAAGACAAGGCAGGCUGGAGGAGAGGCGUACACGAGGCCCUGUCCUGAGUUAUGCUCUAAACAUCAUUCCGGCUCUGUGCUACUUCCCGAUCGUCUCACAGGUCUGGCUGACACAAAGAUAGUUGGCAGCAGCUCACGGUUCAGCCCCAUAUCUGUCCUGCGGGUUCCCAGCCAACCCGACAUCAGUCAGACCUACUCCCAGCAUUCCCUGCAUCGCAGCGUCAGUCAGCUGAUUGACAGAAAGUCACUGAUGAUGGAGGAAGGGAGCUGGGACAACCCACUGGGACAUGAUUCUGGACUGUACGUGGAGGAAGAUGAAUUUGUCGACGCCAUCAAGGCCCUAAGUUCUGGGAAAAAGGAGCACACCAUGUUCACUGACACUCAUCUUUAAAACAAGAUCCCUACAACUAAUCAGGUACCACAGUCAUGAUUCAGAACUAGUUUCAAACAAAGACAAUUAAAAUAUUCAUACUUCCUAUUGGAUGUUGGCUGAGGACAGAGACCGACAGGGCUUGUAUAUGAGGUGUGGAAAGUUUGGAAAAGGGAUGUAGACAGUUUCCAGUGGUUGAACAUGAAGGAUGUCUUGAAAAGUAAAAGAGAUGAAGUUAAUCUGUUUUGAAAUAUGAUUCACCACCAAUGACUAAUAAUUAUUUUUCAUUUAAUUUCUUAAAUGCUCUGGAACAGUUCUACCCAAACAAAAACCAGGAGCAGAAGGCAACAAUUAAAAAAAGUUGUUCUGCGGGACAUUUACUGCAGUUUUCAUUAAAUACAUUACCUGUCAGUCCAGUCUUGGGGUGAAAAGGGGGGGACAAGUGUUGUUUGAUUUCAGAGCAGAUCUGAGUAGGAGCAGGGGUCUAACAUCCAUACAUACAGUUCAGAUAUGGACCCAGAUGGCUGUGAUUGUUGGAGAGUGUGGAUAUAUUGGUUCUAUACAUUGAAUUGGUCCAUAUCAGGAUUGUAAUUACGCACCACAUCUCAGUCCCUAAUCAGAUUAAUAACCAGAAUAUUCUGGGUGUAUUAUGAUUCACUGUCACUGUAUGCCAAGUGUUAGUAGUUCAGUUAGUUUGAAAAAUGCAGAAAGAUUAGUUGUUACAGGUUUAUUGUUCACUAUUCAGAAUCAAACCAGGCUAGAAACAAACUAAAUGUCGAGGAGUUUCAAUCACAUCUCCUGCUUCUACAAGUCACUGUGCCUAGUGAGAUUACAGAUGAUCAGCAGCAUUAGUCUUGUAGUUGUAAAACAACAAAUGGCCUUGGUGUUAGUUUGUUUGAUGUCAAAAAUGCCAACUGUUUUUUUUUUAAUGUCUUAAAUGUGGCUGGGAAUCACAGAUGUGCCGUCUGAUUGUUGUGAUAAUGUGAUGUAACUUAAAAAAAAAACACAAUCUGACAUUUUUUUGACUUUAUCAUCUGUGGACAUACAGUAGAGUUUACUGCAAUUUACAUUUAGAAGGAACUGAAUUAACAGAAAUUAAGCUUUUUGUGACUUCUGUGGUAAAGCUAAAUGUCUGGGUUUGAUUUGAUCGUUUAGCUGUCAGUGUUGAGGCUCACUUUUCAUCAAGAACACAACCAAUGAAAGAAAAUAUCUGCAAUGUCCUGUUUUGUUUUUACUGCAGCUAUUAAAGUUUGUUGUAUGUGGAUUCUACAGAUUGAGCCUUUAAAGUUUAGAGGAAGAUAAACACCACAGAUAUUGUAUUUAUCUGAACCAAAUGUUGAAUUUCUUUGUAAUGUCAUUGAGUUUUGAUGUUUUUCUGUACAAAACUGAAGCCCGAUGUAUUGUUAUGAAACCUUUUGUUUUUUUACACUGGCAGUAUUAUUUAUGGUUGUUGUAUUAUAAGUCUUAUUCAUAGAUGAUUAAUUGAUCAGUGUUUGUGUUUUUGGAGAAAUUAUAAAUAAUGGCCAAUGGUCUAGAUAAUA